UUUCCAUUGCAGUCCUGUGCUUCGUUCCAAGAAGUCAAAAUUCUCUCCUUCGGGAUAGAGUUUCCAAAAGAUCUUCUCUUUCAGAAGUCAUAAAUUUGUCUGAAAAUGUUCAUUCAAGUUCUGCUUCGGGCACCACACUUGAAGAGUGCGAAGAAGUACAUUCUUGCGCGAUCCAAGGCAUUGGUUUCACAGCGAAGUUCCCAUCAGGCAUCGGUUAUUGGGGCUGAGAAAUGCUCAAAUCCACCCUCACGAGGUUUGGUGCUUGGAGUCUAUGCGGAUGAACACGACAAAGAUGAUUUAGGAAUGCUAACACCUACUGCAGCCAAGUACAAUGAGACCUAUACCAACGGAGCGUUGCUAGAUAUGCUUCGUAUUGCUGGUCCAAUGCCAAAAAGAGGUGAAACUAGAGUUUUCUUCAAUUUGGAACCGACAUAUUCUGCUGUAGCCAUCUGUGGUCUAGGUACCGAAUGCCUUGGAUAUGAUCCAUCUGAAAAAUUAGAUUUGUCGAAAGAAGCAAUUCGAAUUGCAGCGGCUACCGGAUGUCAGGAAUUGCAAAAACUGGAGACUAACCGAAUCUACGUAGAAGAUUUUGGUCAUGCAGAAUCAGCUGCUGAAGGUUCUCAUAUGGGCAUGUGGAUUAAUCAGGAAAUGAAAAAUCCCGACCAACGGGUUUACAUUCCACAGUUGCAGUUGUACUACGAACCGGAACUACCGUGUGAUUCCAACGGUUGGCGCAUUGGACUGGCUAAAGCAGAAGCACAAAAUUUAGCGCGACAAUUACAAGAAGCUCCCGCUAACCAUAUGACUCCUACUACAUUUGCCCAGAACGUUGUUCAAAUUUUAUGCAACUCUGGAGUGAAUGUAGAAGUGAAAGUUCGAAGUUGGGCGGAAUGUCAAGGAAUGAGUUCAUUCCUAACAGUAGCUAAAGGUUCCUGCGAGCCGCCUAUUUUCUUAGAACUGAGCUACUAUGGAACUAACCUCAAAGAGCGUCCGAUCGUUUUGAUCGGACAGGGAAACACCUAUGAUAGCGGCGGAAUAUGUGCCAAAAAGCUGCACGCUUUACGGGAUAUGCGUGGAGAUAUGACAGGUGCUGCCUGUGUGGUUGCAACCUGCCGAGCAAUCGCAGCAUUAAAAUUACCUGUAAACAUACGAGCGUUGAUUCCACUGUGCGAACAUAUGAUUGGUUGUAACGCUAUGAAACCGGGAGAUGUCGUGGAAGUGAAGAAUGGUAAAAGUAUUGAAAUUGUAGAUGCUGACUACGAAGGCCCACUAGUGUUGGUAGAUGCUCUAUUAUAUGCAGAGAGUUUUGGGCCGAAGUAUAUAGUCAAUGUAUCGACUAUUUCUGAUCACGUUCUAGAAGCUUUCGGCAAGGUCUGUAGCGCAGUGUUCACGAAUUCAGAGGAUCUUUGGCAGCGCAUCAAAAAUGCUGGAGUUCACACUGGCGACCGAGUUUGGAGGUUACCAUUGUGGGACUACUUUACGUACCAAAUGUGCUCAGUAGAACAUGUCGAUGUACAGAACUUCGGAAAGGGACAAGGUGGAGAGUCCUGCAAAGCAGCGGCGUUGCUGAGAGAGUUUUUACCCUGUGGUCAGUGGAUGCAUAUUGAUGCGUACAAUGUCAUGACUACGAAAGGGGAAGACUACCCGUACCUACGAAGGGGUAUGGCCGGACGUCCCACGCGAACAUUAAUCGAGUUUAUAGCGCAAGCAUGCUGCCACAACAAAAAUAGCAAGUAUCUGUAGGACAAAUUCAUGUGUGAUUACUUCAAACUAUUUAUUUUUGAUAUUUUACUAAGCUUUGAACAAUUGGCAAAAUAAAUUAUUUGUUAUUUUA